ACCGUUGUAAUGUUACCGUUUAUUUACCAAAUAUAUAUACACCCACAAUAUAAAUUUUAUUUACCAAACUUUCUUUCAACAUUCUUUCAAACAUCACAAAAUACAAACACCAAAAAUACAACAAAGAUGGAAGGUUCAAGCAAGAGAGGUUCGGGUUCGAGCAAAAGAGGUUCGGGUUCGAAGAAAAAUCCCGUACGACCCAAGGUUCGAGCGAAUCUUGGUGAGCCGGCGCGCUUUUGGUUGCAAGACGAACCCGACCAAAUCCCAUAUUUUCAAACCCAACAAUUUCCACCCUUUCAAUCACAACUGUAUCAAAACCAACCGUUCGUUUCACUGCUAUUUCAACCUCACCAAUUUCAACCCCAACCGUUUCCACACUCUCAAACCCAAUUCUACCAUGUCGAUCCACUAGGAGAUGACACCCUCAUGCAACAAUUUGCACGUGCGUACCGCGAACUACAACAAAAUCUCGAUGACGAUGAAGAUGAGGAUGAUGUUCAAGAAGUACAAGAAGAAGAAGACGAAGACGUUCAAGAAGUUGAUGUUGUCCCGCGAACUACAACAAAAUCUCGAUGACGAUGAAGUUUUUUUAUUUUAGUAUGUAAUUUAGGUUUUAUUUAAAUGAAAUUUAUAAUUUAUAAUUUUAGUGUUUUAUAGUUAAUUUAUAAUUUAAAAACAAAAAAAAAGUUAUAAGUAAUGAAAUUCCAUCACCGGUGACGGACAUCUCCACUAAAAUCUAUCACUAGUGAUGGAAUAAUGCUUGAUGACAUAACGGAACUUGAUUGGAAGUUGUGAGUGGAUGAUGAGUGAUAAGUGAUGACCACCCCUACCCCUAAUUUUAUUUUUAAUUAAAAUUAAAUAAAAGAACAUUCUUUUAUUUUUCAUUUUUAUUAUAUUAUAUGAAGCAUUUGAUUCCAAACGGAAAGCAAAAUACACCCAAAAAACAGUUAUACAACAAACACAAAACUGUCUCAAGAUCUCAAGAACAACCAUAAUUAUAUAACCCUCAAAAAUGUCUCUAACAUCAACCCUAAUUCUAAAAAGAUUCAUUUCUUGCACACCAUCACAUCUCCGAUCAUGCAUCCGCUCCAUAACCUACAUGCCCCGACCCGGAUACGACGCGGUAAAACCCGUCACCCCGAUCACCACCGACGGUGUUCCUCGGCCCGUUACAUUGAUCCCCGGUGACGGUAUUGGCCCGUUGGUCACCGGGGCGGUAGAACAAGUGUUCCACGCCAUGCAAGCGCCGGUUACGUUUGAGAAAUUUGACGUGCAUGGGAACAUGAACAAGGUUCCUGAUGAUGUUAUGGAUUCGAUUCAGAAGACUAAAGUUUGUUUGAAAGGCGGGUUGAUUACACCGGUGGGUGGAGGGGUUAACUCGUUGAAUCUUUCGUUGAGGAAAGAGUUGGAUUUGUUUGUUUCGCUUGUGAAUUGUUUUAAUAUGGAUGGGUUGCCUACGAGGCAUGAGAAUGUGGAUAUUGUUGUGAUUAGGGAGAAUACUGAGGGGGAGUAUUCUGGGUUGGAGCAUGAGGUUGUUCCUGGUGUUGUUGAGAGUUUGAAGGUGAUAACGAAAUUCUGCUCAGAACGUAUUGCGAAGUAUGCUUUUGAGUAUGCUCACCUGAACAACAGAAAAACGGUGACGGCUGUUCAUAAAGCAAACAUUAUGAAGCUUGCAGAUGGUCUUUUCUUGGAAUCUUGUAGGGAGAUUGCCAAAAGCUAUCCUGAGAUCAAGUACAAUGAGAUUAUUGUGGACAACUGCUGCAUGCAACUUGUUUCAAAACCUGAGCAAUUUGAUGUCAUGGUGACACCUAACCUUUACGGAAACCUAGUUGCAAACACGGCUGCUGGUAUCGCUGGCGGCACAGGCGUCAUGCCAGGAGGAAAUGUUGGGGUUGAAUACGCAAUCUUUGAACAAGGUGCAUCAGCCGGGAAUGUUGGGAAACCAAAAAUGGUGGAGAAGAAAAAAGCAAACCCGGUGGCUUUACUCCUUUCAUCAGCCAUGAUGCUUAGACACCUAGAGCUUCCUGAAUAUGCAGAUCGUUUAGAAAGUGCAGUGAAACGCGUUAUCAAAGAGGGUAAAUACCGCACAAAAGACCUUGGUGGAAGUAGCACAACACAAGAGGUUACUGAUGCAGUCAUAUCUGCACUUAAAUGACUUGAAUCAUAAACAUAAGCUACACCUUUUUGCCAGCCUGAUUAUCAUGUUAUCAUUCUUUGUUUGCAUUUAGAGUUGAUUUCGUUCAAAUAAGUUGAUCUUCUAACUUUUAAAAGAAUAGUGAUCGGUUUUUAUCUCUGCAA